CACAGAGCGCUCCUCUUCAUCUUUUAUCAAAAGCAACACAAGCAACUAAAAACCAUGGAAGAUGGGGAAGACUUGACCCCCUUUUGGGUACCAAGCACCAGCAAUCGCGGCCGUGUCCGCCGAUUUCGCCACGGCCUAUCCUCUUUCUUCUUAAGCUCUGGACUUUUAGUCUCCGUUCUGCUGAUAACAGCUGUUUCCUUCUUGGUUUUGGUAGUCCCUGCAACCAUUUCUUUCUCUUCUCAAAUCUUUAGGCCAAAUAAUGUUAAGAAAAGCUGGGAUUCUCUUAAUUUGGUAUUAGUUCUAGUUGCAUUAGUCUUUGGAUUCCUCAGUAGAAACAAGAAUGAAGAUAGAAACUUUGAGGAGUAUCAUGAUACUACUCCUACUACUACCAGAACUGAAACCCGAAAAUCAAAUCCAUCAACCGCACAGGGAUGGUAUAAUUACUCCCCUAUUGAAGCUGAAAAAACGCAUCAGUCAAAUCCUCUUCAAUGGCAUGGAUAUUCAGAUCAGACGGCCUACAACAGUACUUCUAGUACUGAUAACCAAGGUGGACUGCUGAGGAGGACAUAUAGCUCAUAUCCUGAUCUACUUGUAGCCUCCUCAAGAUUGGCCUCCGGGGAUGAUCCGUGGAUGUGUUAUGAUGAUAUGAUAAUCGAAACUCCCCGGUACUCCCGCACCGGCGAGCUUCAUCGUCGACGAAGCUGGAAAUACACAUUUGAUGAUUCCCAGCUGGAAAGCAAGAACUUUUAUGUGGAUAAAUUUGCGUACCCUCAUCCUCAGGAACGACCCUCAAACACUCCAGCUACUCCCCCUCCAUCUUCUCCUCCGCCAGCUCCACCAUCUCCACCGCCAGAAUCACCACUACUGCGGCCUGCUUCACCACCACUGGAUAAUGAAAAGCCAAAGCGAGUCCAUCAAAGUGUUGCUCAUCGAAGGGAGAGAAGGAGAAAAAGAAGGGAUAGUCAGAUGGAAAACAACGAACCCAUCUCAGAACCAGCCACACCGCCUCCUCCUCCUCCACCGCCGCCGCCGCUGCCGCAAUUUGUGGAUCAAAAGAGUGGCAAAAGUGAGAAGAAAAGAACUGGGGGAAAUGCAACCAAGGAUUUCUUGAAUUCUCUUUACCAUAAGAAGAAGAAGAAAAGGCAGAGGCAAAAAAGUGUUGAAAACUUUGAUGCUUUGCUUAACGAGCCUCAAAUGCCACCUCUCCAUCUUCAACUACCACCACAAUCUCCUCCUCCUCCUCCUCCGCCGCCGCCGCCACCCUCCGUCUUGCAGAAUUUGUUCGCAUCGAAGAAAUCCAAAGGAAAGACAACACAUACAGUCAUUUCAGUUCCCAUUCCGCAGCUUCCUUCCAGACACCAGCCCACGCAAAAAGCUCUGCAACCAGUGAAAGUGAGAAGCUUUGACAGUGAGGAAGGUAAUUCAAAUAGUGGCGGAGAAUCUCCACUAGUUCCCAUACCUCCCCCGCCGCCUCCUCCGCCGUUCUUCAAAUCUCCGGCGUGGAAGUUUGUACUUCAAGGUGACUAUGUGCGGGUAAAUAGCAACCUGAGCUCACGGAGUGGGUCUCCGGAUCUUGAUGACGUGGAAUCGGAUGGCACGCCCACAGCUGCUGCUGACGGAGGUGAUAUGACGCCCUUCGCGGCGUCACCAUUGUUCUGUCCGAGCCCGGACGUGGAUUCAAAAGCUGAGAGCUUCAUCAGCAGAUUUCGGGCCGGGUUGAAGCUUGAGAAGAUAGAUUCCAUGAACAAAAGACACGGAGUGGGCUUUUCUAACCUCGGCCCAGGUUCAGGCCCAACUGAUAUUUGAAAGUUUUCAAGUUUUCAUGGAAAAAAAAUAUAUUAAAUUCUGAUUUAUUGAUUGAUUGAUUUAUUUUUGCCUGGGGGCGUAAAGAGUGGUAGCGCACACCAGCAGUUUGUUCAGCAAGCCAACUAACUGGUGUUUUGAUAGCGUGUAUUUGUAUGUUAACAAGAGUCUGCUGUCAAGAAUGAGAUUGCUAUCUCUGAACAAAUGUAUCAGUGUGGCGAAGGACGAGGAAGUUAAAAAGUUCAGAUUAUUUAGUUCAAACAAAGAUGAAAAACACAAGUUAUAUCUCAUUCUCGAGUUAAUACCAUGUAGUUAGCAAAGUGUAUUUGGCCAUUUGCGGCCGCAUCCUUUGAUAUUUUAGUCACCCAGUGCAAUUUCACCGGGGCAAGCUGCUUUCUGCCGAAAA